GGUAAGGACGUCCUUGAAAUAGGGUUGUUUCAUGACUGCCGAACGGCAGUGAGAAGGCUAGGGGGCUGCUAAUGGUAUUCUAUUGAUGAAGAUCCUUCCCCAUAUUUUCGUACCGACUUCACACGUAUUCGGAAAAACGCUUCGUAUCUCGUACUAAGUUUCGUACCAAUUUCGUAUAUCGCUCGCAUAUCGAUCUCGCACUUCCAGGGCCUUGCAAUACCCAACCGCGGGAUAGUAAUAUCGCACGUCCUAUUGGUUGUUUGUUUUGCUUCUACGUUUUCUAGUAUAGCCAAGCAACGACGAUCAUCAAACCUGAUAUCGCUUUACAUCUACGUAGUAUGGAGCCUAUGGGCUGUGCUUGCAAGCUCUCUCGGUCAAGGUAAGAAGGUAGCGAACUUUAUGAUUGCGUUUUUCAUGCCUCGUCUUUCAUAUGUGUUUGCAUAACAAAGGUACCUCGUAAGCUUCGUAAGGGUAAGACGAGAUGUUGGAGAUUCUUGGAGUUAUAUAAAGACUUUACUUGCACUCUACAACAAGAACAAAUAUCAAGCAAGAUCAGCACCUUACCCCUUAAUCGCUAUUACUAGUAUCUAAUUAACCAACCGUCAAAAACUAUCUAUAUAUCUACCCAUCUAGUAAUCAUGAUGAGACUCACGCCGUUUCUUGUUGCUGCCGGCGUUGCGCUAGCCAACCCCGAUCCUCCCUGCAAGGGACUCUGGAAAGCUCCUGGGCCAAACGACUUCCGAGGUCCUUGCCCAAUGUUGAACACAUUGGCGAACCACCAAUUCCUCCCGCACGAUGGCCGAAACCUCACGGAGACAGCGAUCAUCGAUGCCGUGACCUCAGCACUGAACUUCAAUGCGUCACUCGGCACUAUCUUGUUCGAGAACGCCCUCAUCGCCAACCCAGAGCCAAAUGCCACAUUCUUCACUCUGGACCAACUGAACGUACACAACCUCCUAGAGCACGACUCUAGCUUAAGUCGUUCAGAUGCCUACUGGGGCAACGGCCACAUCUUUAACCAGACCGCCUUUGACCAGAGCCGCGCCUACUGGACCAACGACCUCAUCACCGCCGACCAGCUCGCCAACGCCAAGGUGGCCCGCCAAAUUCACUCCAAGUCGUUCAACCCGACCUACACCUUUACGCAUACCAUGGAGGAGUUCAGUCUCGGCGAGCUGACCGCGCUCAUCGUCGGCUUUGGCGACAAGGAGGCUGCUACCACGAACCGCACGUUCGUGGAGUACUUCUUCCAGAACGAACGCCUCCCCGAGGAGCUAGGAUGGCACAAGAUGAGCUCGGUCGUCAACUUGGAGGACAUCCUGCGACUGAACGAGAUCAUCCGAAACGCGACGAGCCUGUUCACGACGGCUACGCCGAUCAUUGGGCGCCGCGACUUCCACUCGGGAUUACUAAGAUAGAUAGAUGUAUUAAAAAAAGGGGGGGAGGGCUGUACACGAUUGGCCCCGUUUUAACGAACAAUCUUAUGAAAUAUAUGGCGAAAGGGAAGGAGGAUGGGUGAAAUAGUCUGUUCUUGGAAACGAUCUCAUGGCGAGCUUCACGGCAAUAGGGACUUAUCUUAUUCGGGUAGAU